UUUACGCAAGGGCGCCACCAAGCACCUCGACCUCUUUUUGUCGGGUCAAAACGAAGUAGCAGCAGUCAUGAGGACUAUACUGUCAAGCAGAUACAUACAUAUCCCAGAUAAUGUGGAGGUGACCAUCAAGGCCCGGGUCAUCACCGUCAAGGGACCGCGGGGCACGCUGACCCGCGCCUUCAAGCACCUGAAUGUGGAGAUCCUCCGGAUCAGCAAGAAGAAGAUCCGAGUCAACAAGUGGUUUGGGUCCCGCAAGGAGCUGUCCUGCGUCCGCACUGUCUGCACUCACAUUGAGAACAUGAUCAAGGGAACCACACUGGGCUUCAAGUACAAGAUGCGCUGCGUCUACGCUCACUUCCCCAUCAACUGUGCCAUCCAGGAGGAGAACAAACUGCUGGAGAUACGCAACUUCCUGGGGGAGAAGUUUGUGCGGCGCGUGCACAUGAAGGAUGGGGUGACGGUCACCCAGUCCACUAAGGUGAAGGACGAGCUGGUCCUGGAGGGUAACAACAUUGAGCUCGUCUCGCAGUCAGCUGCCCUUGUCCAACAGUCCACUACAGUCAAAAACAAGGACAUCAGAAAGUUUCUGGACGGCAUCUACGUCUCCGAAAAGACCGUCAUCGAAGAACAGACAUAAAUAUAUCCAUCCGGCCCGGAAAAAACAAAAACAAUUACAAAACCUGGAAGGGGGAGCAAACCCAAAUAGGAACAGCAACCUGAUUAGGAAUGCAUUAAAAUGUAGGUACCCGCAUUAACAGUGUUCGGAUCAGAAGCUUGUGUUUUAUGUCAGUGUCAUGCGUCGACCAUAAAUCUGUAAUCUUUGACCCGAACAUUUUUACUUGUCUUUAAUGGUUGCAUUUGCCUCAUUUUAGAUUUCUGGCUCCGUAUUUUAAGGCAUUCCUGUCAGAAUUGGGAUAUAUAUCCUGUCCCUCUAUCGUGGGAGAACUUCUAUUUAAUUGACGGUGAGAUAACUCACAAAUUUUUGCCAUUCUGAGAAUAAACAAGUCUUUGAAGGAUCGUAAUUGUUA